AUGGCCCCUUAUGAAGCAAUGUAUGGACAACCAUGUCGAUCGCCCAUCUAUUGGACCAAGGUUAGAGAAGACGCUCUGCUUGGAUCUGAGCUAGUUCGAGAAACUACUGAGAAGAAAUAUAUGGCCCAUUCCACCCAUAUGCUCGAUUGGGAGAAAGUCACUUUGGACAGGGAUACGAUCUUUGAAGAGCAACUGGACACACACACACUCGGCAGAGAGAGAGAGAGAGAGAGAGAGAGCAGCGUGAGAGGAGAGAGGAGGCAGCCAUACCUCCGACCGGCCGUCCCCACCACCGGAGCAGCAUCACCUCCUGCCGCCAUCACCACCAACCGAGCCCACCUCCAGCCGAGCUCCAUCCGCCGAUCCUCCAACCGGCGCCGCUCGUCCUCUCACCAUCACCACCAAGCUCUCAUCAUCAUCACCACCACCACCGAUCAGCACCUCCCACCACCGAGCAACCCAUCACCAGCCGGCCAUCACUGCCACUGGAGCCAUCUCCACUGCCGUGCUCACCAUCACCACCGCCCGAGCUCCGAACCGCCGCCGUCUCUUUCCAAACCCCGUUUUGCCGGACAAAAGGUACCGAAGAUGGAACAGAAGUGUUCGUACGAUUCGAUCAAGUUCAACCCUAAUGAGGAAGAAGCUGAAAACCAUGGUUUCUGUACACAUAGUCGCUCUGAUUAAUUUAAGUCGACUUUAUUUUGGAAGCUUCUAAGUUUAUUUGGAAAUUGUAAUAUUUUGAUUUAUUUAAAACGAUUGUAAUAUAUUGACAUAUGCUUUUGAACUAGUGACGUAGUAAAUUUAUAAAUUUCUUUUGUGGAAA